AUGUUAGGGCCUCCUCUAAGGCACUUCUGGCCUGCGGCCCCACCCGUUAGCCGUGGGCGUUUGGCCAGCUCCCAGCGGAGCACAGUCCCGCGCUUGCAAGCCCUGAUCGCGAGGCUCCGACCUCGAGGCUCCGACCUCAACGCUCCUGGUUCCCCUCGCCCCCGGCCCAUCGCGACAUACGCUCCACCCACCUCCGCAGCUUACGCCUCCGCCCUCCUCCCGCAACUGCUGUGGCGUCACUUCCGCCGGAAGGGACGGGCGCGUCCGCGCGGCUGGCGCGAAAGUCGGGUCGCGGUUCGGCAAUUUCCGGGUCUGCGCUUGCUAGGGCUGGGGGCGCCGCUGGGGGCGGCGGUUGUGUGCCGGGCUGGCGCCCGACCCCAGCCGCCGUCCCGCGGACCGUGCGGCCCCCCACUCGCCGCCUGGAGACCCCCAGGCUCCACGGAGGUGAGUGAGGCUCGGAGUAAGGACCCAGCUCCCUCCCCUCGCCCCGCUGGGGGGAUCGCGAUGCUGCCUCUGGCCUUCCGGGCCCUGGUUUCCGGACCUUGUAACCGGCCCCUGGACCGGCGGAUAGGACUCAGACGCCGGAGAGGGAGUAACUGCGGCUGGACCGAGAGCCGGGCCUUUCCCUGGGACCUGGGGAGCUAG